GCAGUUGCAGUGGUGCAGAAUGGCAGACCUCAGUCUUGCAGAUGCAUUAACAGAGCCACCUCCAGAAAUUGAGGAAGAGAUAAAACGGGACUUUAUUGCCACACUGGAGGCAGAGGCCUUUGAUGAUGUUGUGGGAGAAACUGUUGGAAAAACAGACUAUAUUCCUCUCCUGGAUGUUGAUGAGAAAACCGGGAAUUCGGAGUCAAAGAAGAAACCAUGCUCAGACACUAGCCAGGCUGAAGGUACUUCAUCUUCUCAAGCAACAGUGCUUGCCAACGGUGACCACGGAAUAGAAGGGAAUGAUGCCACUGGGUCUCCAGCUGAAUUCCGUGAAGAGAAAAUGGCCUACCAGGGAUAUCAGAACAGCCAGAACUGGCCAGAAAAUACAAACUUUUGCUUUGAACCCGAGCAAGUGGUGAAUCCUAUCCAGACUGAUCCCUUUAAGAUGCACCAUGAUGACAGCCUGGAAGAUUUGCUCUUUCUCCCCAUUGGAACAACCAGUGCUUCAGCAUCUGAAGAACAAAAUGAUCCCCUGAAAGACAGUUACGGUGUGUUUCCCUGUGACACAUUCGCUCCUGCAGCUCUUGUUCCUCAUGGGUGGUCUGUGGAAGCUCCAAACCCUCCACAUUCAGAAUCCUUCAUUUCCCCUGAGGCCAUUACACAGCCUCUGCAGCCUACAGCAGAGCCUGCUGAGAAGGUAGAAAUGGCAUCAGCAGAAGAGAGAGCACCAACAAAAACACUGGAAAUGAUGAUGGGACUGAAGGCUGCUAACAGGGCACCAUCUCGAGAAUCAGAGGUGGUCCUGGCCAAGGGUAUGGCGCCAGCCACAGAAACAGAGGUGGCAUUGGCUAAAGACACGGAACCGCCGACCGAACCAGAUGUGGCACUGGCCAAGGACAUGGAAUCAUCCAUCGAACCAGAUAUGGCCUUGGUCAAGGACGUGGUACUACCCCUAGAAACAGAGGCAAUCCCAGUUAAGGAUGAUGUAUUGCCCGCAGAAACAGAUGUGUCUUUGGCCAAGGACAUGGUACUGCCCACAGAAACAGAGGUAACCCCAGCCAAGGACAUACUACUAUUCAAAGAAACAGAGAGGACACCACCUGUGAAAAUGGAUUUGGCCCCAGCUGAGGGCAUGGUACCACCUACAGACCGAGAGGUGGCCCCACCCAAGGGUGUAGCAUCACUUUCAGAAAUAGAGGCGCCACUGGAUGAGGACGUUGUGUCAUCCACAGAAAUAUCCUCAGCCAAGGAGGUAGCCCUGUCCUCAGAAACAGAGGUGGCCCUGACUGGGGAUAUGGUACUACCCCCAGAAACAGAGGUGGCCCUAGUCAAGGACAUGGCUGCACCUCCAGAAACAGAAGUCACCCCAGUCAAGGACAUGGCUCCACCCCCAGAAGUAGAGAUGGCCCUGAGCAAGGACGUGGCUCCACCUCAAGAAACAGAGGUGGCCCUGGGCAAGGACGUGGUUUCAUCUCCAGAAACAGAGAUGGCCCUGGGCAAGAAUGUGAAUCUACCCCCAGAAACGGAGGUGACCCUGGCCAACAGUGUGGCUCCAGCCAAGGAUGUUGCAGCAUCCUCAGAAGCAGAGGUGGCACCAGUUCCUGUUAAUGACAUGGAAGCUGCACGGACACAGGAAGAAACAAGUGAGGCUUCCCAGUUAGAAUCUCUCCAGGAUGAAGGACAGUCAGCUGUACCUCCUCUCAUGAUUUCAGCAGAAGCAGUCACAGCCAUGGGCCAAAAGCACAACUUGCCAACAGAUGAGGAUUCUGUGUCAGAGGAACUAGAGCAAAAGAAACUGUUCAGUAGUCAACCUUCUGAACUUCCUUCAGAGACCUCAGGAAUAGCCAAACUAGAAGAAGGACGGCUUACUGGGAGUGUGACCGGAAAUGACAUCACCGCCCCUCCAAACAAGGAGCUCCCACCAAGCCCAGAGAAGAAAACAAAGCCUUUGGCCACCACUCAACCUGCAAAGACUUCAACAUCGAAAGCCAAAACACAGCCCACUUCUCUCCCUAAGCAGCCAGCUCCCACCACCUUUGGUGGGUUGAAUAAAAAAUCCAUGAGCCUUGCUUCAGGCUCAGCACCGGCUGCCCCACCCAAACGCCCAGCUGCUGCCACUUCCAGGCCUUCCACCUUACCUUCAAAAGACUGGAAGCCCAAGCCUGUUGCAGAGGCAAAGAUUCCUGAGAAGCGGGCCUCAACAUCCAAGCCAGUCUCGCCAUCCAAGCUGGCUUCUGCCCUGGCCGGUAGGCCUGGCUCCAAGAGCACCCAGACUGUUCCAAAAGCCACAGCAGCUGCCACUCUUGCCUCAGCUGGGCCAAGCAGCAGGAGCCCCUCUACACCCCUGCCCAAGAGGCCCACUGCAGUCAAGACUGAGGGGAAACCUGCAGACAUCAAGAAGAUGGCUACGAAGUCUGCACCAGCUGACGUGAGUCGCCCAAAGAGCACCUCCACCAGUUCCGUGAAGAAAAGCGCCGCCGUCCCUGGGGCGGCACCCCCAGCAGGGGUGACUCCCAGCCGUGUGAAGCCCACAGCCACGCCUCCCCGGCCCUCUGGGACUCCUUCCGUGGACAAGAAGCCCACGUCAGCCAAGCCCAGCUCCUCUGCCCCAAGGCUGGGCCGCGUGGCUACCAAUGCUUCUGCCCCUGAUCUGAAGAAUGUCCGUUCCAAGGUUGGCUCCACGGAAAACAUCAAGCAUCAGCCUGGAGGAGGCCGGGCCAAAGUAGAGAAAAAAACAGAGGCAGCUGCUCCAGCUCGAAAGCCUGAACCUAACGCAGUCACUAAAGCAGCCGGCCCAAUUGGCAGUGCACAGAAACCGCCUGCUGGGAAAGUCCAGAUAGUCUCCAAAAAAGUGAGCUACAGCCAUAUUCAGUCCAAGUGUGGUUCCAAGGACAAUAUUAAGCAUGUCCCUGGAGGUGGUAAUGUUCAGAUUCAGAACAAAAAGGUGGACAUCUCUAAGGUCUCCUCCAAGUGUGGGUCCAAGGCUAACAUUAAGCACAAGCCUGGUGGAGGAGAUGUCAAGAUCGAAAGUCAGAAGCUGAACUUCAAGGAGAAGGCCCAGGCGAAGGUGGGAUCCCUUGAUAACGUGGGCCACCUGCCCGCAGGAGGCGCCGUGAAGAUUGAGACCUACAGGCUGACGUUCCGGGCAAACGCCAGGGCCCGCACCGACCACGGGGCCGACAUUGUCUCCCGCCCCCCUCACUUCCCUGGCGGCCCCAGCUCAGGCACCUGGGCCCCUAGCUCCCUCUCCCGGGCUGCCCUCUAGGCCCCUCCCUCCCUCCCUCCUGCCUCACUUGCCCAGGGUGGCAGCAGCCCCAUCCCCGUGCUCCCUCCAUUCCUGGCCCCAGACCCAGCUCCCUGCUUGGCUCCCGUCCUCACCAUUGCGCCGCUGCUCCGCGGAGAAGGUUGGGUGGAAAGUUGGAUGGGGGAGGCUAGUUUGGGACCUCCUGGGAUCUGGGUGGGGGGAGCCGGAGUCCAACCUCCUCUUUGUUCGUUUGGGUUUUUUGGACCAAACCCAAGAGAAACUGACAUACCCUCCCUCCUCGCUGGUCCAUCUGGAGGGAAGAGUGGAAGUGGAUGUCCACGUGACGGCUGGGCGCUGACUGCGUACCCUGGAGCCUGCUAAGCCACUGCCUCUUCCUUUGACCCCACAGUGGUGCCCACCUCGCAGGUGGCGCCAGGCACCUCUUGCUGCCCUCCCCCAAGUUAGUCAGGGGCAAUGCUGCCUGUCCCCGCUGCUUCCCAUACCUACCUAGCUGCUGGCACACUUUAUCUUUUUUGUUUUUUUGUUUUUUUUUUUAAUAACCUGAAAACCGGUGGAGUAGUUUUGCAGGUUGAAGCCAUGUCUGAAUGAAAGUCGUUGGUAGGUGUUAAAGGAAACAGGGAGGGGAGAUCCUGAAGCCUCCAGCUGGGAGGUGAGGCAUUGGAGGCUGCCCUGUCUUGGGCAGCUCGGGGCCCUGGCCCCGGAGGUGGUGUGGGCAGGGCAGGCGCAGUGGGGGGCUGUGGGCUAGAGGGCAGGCAGGGACCGCUAGGGGCUGGUCAGAGUAUGGACUGGUGGUUCUGGCAUUUUGUGUGUAUGCUGCUUUUCUUUUCUAACCAAGAGGCUGGUUUUGGCAUCUAUGUCUUAUCUCAUUCCCUGGGAUCUGGUGGGAGACAAGGUUGGGCUGGAAAGGGCCAUGGAGGUCAAAUUCCUCCAAGCCUGCAACCUAGGACACUCGAGCCCUCAGUUGCCAGGGAGCCCGAUGUGUUCAGAACUCAUGUGGAUAGUGGGGAAUCAAGUCUGGAAAUUAAAAAAAAAUAAGUACCUGAGAUGACCCAUCCAGGCUCCCUUGCGGCCUGACUGGAGAGGGGAGAGAGGAGAGGUGAGGCCAGCCUAAGGGGUGUGUCCUGGUUAGGCCUGGUCUUGGGAUGGCUGCAAUGAUAAGUCCCGGGAAUUGUAUUGACACGAAGAUUCUUAUUGCACUUGUAUUUUUUGUAUUAAAGUUUGCAUGGUUUCUAAUAAAGGAUUAAAACGUAACAGUUUGUAGUGAAAUGGCCUGGGAGUCUCCAAGGCUUCUCCUCUGGAAGAGCAUUUUCUGCAGUGCAGACUUGGCCCCUCACACUCCCCACCUUCUCCUCUGGCAUCCCUUGGCGCUGAGAAGGUGGGAGCUGCUGACCUAGGAUCAGAUUCGAAGUCCAUGUAGAGGGAGGGUGUCUGUGCUGGGCAGGUGCUCUCCCUUUCUGAGGUAGCAUUUUCUCCAGGGAGGUUCGACACCAUCUCCCCAGCUCCCCAAGCACAUACCAAGAAAUUGCAGGGGUCUUGUGGAAAAAGCGCUCCCAGGGCCAGAGACUGUCCACACAGUGCUUCAACGGCGCCAGGGACAUCAGGGCAUCCGUGUUUUGUCUGCAAGAAAGGGUGAGAUGAAACUGGGAGGACGCAGUGGGAGGUGGGGUGCCAGAUGCAGUGGGGUGACAGUGCUGGGCCUAAAGGUACCUGCACCUGUGUUGAUGCUGGGGUGGACAAGCUCUCGGUCCUUUUACUCCGUUGGCCAAAGGUAGGGGUGGGAGAGGUGACCCCAGCAGAGAGCACUCUAGGGGGCGCUGGAGUGAUCAGUGUUCUGAAAGGUGGUUUGGUCACAGCUCCCUUGGAAGGGUCCCACAAGCCAGAGAAGCUGAGAAGGCCGCCCUGACAGGUGGGACCAGAGGCCGUGUGUGCUGUGUUCUAUCCUGCAGCUGUUGGGGCUGGAACGUUUCUGUACUUCCCCAUUUGCUUAUGGCUCAGCCGUUAACCAUGUCGAUCUGUGAUUGUUGUUGCGAUUUCCAGAACAAAUAAAGCUCGUAUGUCCCACCA